GUAGCGGCUCGUCACUGUUUGACGCCAGCCGCAGCGGCCGAAUGGAUGCCGUCUAAGUUGAGCCUAGACGCCAUCGAUGAUGCUAGCAAGAGCGGGAGGAGAAGGACGAUGCUGUCAAAAUCGUCCUUCAGGGAUGCCAGCAACAACAGCGUAGUGUGCCCUCAAGGUCAACCUAGCGUUGUGGGGACUGCUAGCCUUGACCUUCCCGCCCCCACGUCAUAGGGAGUACGCGUAGCCGUCCCCACUCUCCCGACGCAGUGACCGGCGCCGGCACCGAAGUGGGAGAUGGCGCUAUUCCCCGGCACGAGCAGAGGGCGGACAAAGCCAAGGAAGCUCAAGCCUCUGCAGUUGCGGCGGACAACGGCAUCCACGUGCUGCCCAGUGAAUAGCAAGGGUUUCAAUGGCAUUUUGUUGCCGCAGAGGUUUUGCGUGCAUCAUGUGCCGUUGGAUCAUCCAUGGCUGUUAAAACCAGAAAUUUGAAUCCUGUACGCUAUUUUGUUCCCUGUUGGUAGGUGACACGGUCAAUGAUGGAUGUGUACAGCUCAGAC